AUGACAGCCAAGAACGCGGCCUGCGAGAAGGCUUGGCGCGAUUUUAUAAUUGCGAAGAUGACGCCUAAGCCUCCCCGUAUUCACCAGGUGGAGAUAGCUGUUCACGGAGUGGAGCGCGAGGGCUAUGUCGUCCGAGAUGCACCCUUCGGCCAAUGCUGCCCAGCAGGCCGGAGGGGAUGCCGGAACUCCAGUUCCCGCCGCGCCGAAGGAACCAAAGAAGCCGCCAGUGCAUGCGCCGGGACUCAGCUACUCGGACUACGGGUAUCUGGCGACAAUACCACGGCAUGCAGCAUCUGGAAUCACGGUGACAACCAGGAAUUCCACGCACGGCAGAUCAAGAAGAUCGCCCGUCUCAACGUGGCCGUGAAAGUGUGCAACUCUCUGUUCGGCACAAACUUCGCCUACGGCGACACCGUUAAGACACCACCCAACCGCAGACUCAACUGCGACGAACACACCUCGCCAACACGCCUCUCUUAA